AUGGCAAUGGCCAAGGCCGCCAUCCUCGCCGUCGCUGCCGUGGCCGCUCUCGCGGUGCAGCUCGCCGCGGCGGCGGACCACCCCGUGGGAGGCGACGGUUCCUGGGACGCCAGCGGCAACGGCUACGACGCCUGGUCCGCCAAGCAGACGUUCAAGCAGGGCGACACCUUGUCCUUCAAGUUCAAGUCGUCGCACGACGUCACGGAGGUGACCAAGGCCGGCUACGACGCCUGCUCGGGCGCCAACCCCGUCAAGUCCUACACCAGCGGGAGCGCCACCGUGAAGCUCUCCGCGCCAGGCAAGCGCUACUUCAUCUGCAGCAUUCCCGGCCACUGCGCCGCGGGCAUGAAGCUCGAGGUCACCGUCGCCGCCGCCGCGGCCACCGCGCCGGCGCCCGCCAAGACGACCAAGCCCCGCCACAAGAGGAGCGUCGCCCCGACCCCGGCCCCGGCAGCGCCGGCUCCCGACGCCGCCGCCACGUCCACCGACGGCGAGCUGCCCAACGUGUCCUCGCCCACCGCCGCACCGUCGCCCAAGUCGUCGUCUGGCGCCGCCACGCUCGCAAGCAAGGCUGUCGUGGGGCUCGCCGUCGCCGUCGCCGUCGCCGUGGCCGCCUUGGCCAUGUGA